UGUUCUUUCUUUCUCUGUGGACCCCACCUUCAAUUUCUCCUUUUUUAUUCCUAUCCUAUCCCCUCUCUCUUUAUUAAUUUCAAAAAACUUUCCUUAGAAACUUCUAGAAAAAACUAUAAACAAACGCUAACCUAACUUUCUCAACCGCCGUCGCCGGUGGUGGUUUCUUGUUUUCCGUUCAUCGUCUUAAAUAUUUCAACGCACUCCAUUUCAUUCAAAGGUACUAUCAAUUUAAUAACGCACGGAGUAUUUAUUUUUCCUUUUAUUAAUAUUACUUUGACCGUAUUAAUACUUUGAGUUAGCGUAGUAGUAGUAGUUGUAGUAGUAUAUUAUAGAUUAAAAUAGCUUCGUCAAUGUCAUAAUCUAAUUGGUAGAACUUAGAAGAAUUUGAGAUAGUUUCGAUUAGAAGAUAUAGUUAUGAAUUAGGAAGAAAAAUUAGACACAGAUCUGGAAACGAAGUUGAUGGCGACAUUACCGGUGGAGCAAACAGGUGAAUCGCCGACGGCGGAGUCACAGAGAUCAAUUCCGACGCCGUUUCUGACGAAAACGUAUCAGCUCGUUGAUGAUCCAUCCGUUGAUGAUUUGGUUUCAUGGAAUGAAGAUGGAACGAGUUUCAUAGUUUGGAAACCUGCUGAAUUCGCUAGAGAUUUGCUUCCAAAGUAUUUCAAACACAAUAACUUCUCCAGUUUCGUUCGUCAACUCAACACCUAUGGAUUUCGGAAAGUUGUACCUGACCGUUGGGAAUUUGCGAAUGACGGUUUCCGACGAGGCGAGAAAAAUCUACUCAGGGAUAUACAGCGGCGGAAAAUAUUGCCGGCGGCAGGAACAGCCAUGGCGACAGCGGUGGCUGCGGCUAAUACUGUAACGGUAGCUAUGGCUGCACCAGUGAGAAUGGUGUCUCCAACAACUUCCGGUGACGAGCAGGUAGUUUCCUCGAAUUCAUCUCCGAUUGUGGCGCACAAUAGUACUACUGUGCACCGUAGCACCAGUUGCACCACUGCGCCUGAGUUAUUUGAAGAGAAUGAAAGGCUUAAGAAAGAAAAUAUGCAACUGAGUAAUGAGUUGAGUCAAUUGAGAGGUCUUUGUAAUAAUAUACUCUCUAUGAUGAGUAAUUAUGCUUCUGGUUUUACUGGACAGCUAGAAUCUUCAACUAGCGCCCCAACGGCACGAGCUGUGCUUGUAAAGGAAGGAAAAGCGUUGGAGCUUUUGCCAAGGAGUGUUUUGUUAGCUGAGGAACCUGUGGCGGUUAAUGCAGGUGGUGCGGCUGGUGGCAUGCCAUGUGAAAUGACGAAUUUGGUGGAACCUGAGGUUCGGGCACCUAAGGUUCCCAAGUUGUUUGGGGUUUCUAUUGGACUUAAACGAUAUAGGACGGAGAGUGAGGCCGAACCGGAAAGAGAGGUACGGGUACGGGAACAACAUCAAAUGCAAACACAAUCCUCGCAAGAACCCGAUCAAGGAUCGGAUGUGAAAUCUGAAUCACUAGAUGGCGAUGACUCGGAUGAUCAAGAGCACCGUUGGAAUUUGAGGAAAUAGUGUCCAGUGUCUGAGUCUAUGUUUGGAAUCUCGAUUAUGUGGGACUCAAAAUUUGUUACAUUACACAUUUUAUGACCAUGGCAAACAGACCUGGUUCUAAAUUAAAAUUCCAUGUUGUAUAAAUUGCUUCGCUUGUUGUUCCUAGUUUAGUUUCCAUGUUGAGCGAA